AUGAACUUAUUCAACUCUGCUCUGGGGAAGAACAUCACUUUUGUGCAUCCUGCUUAUUUCAUAAUAAGCGGUUUAUCUGGCAUCCCGAAUAUCAAAUAUUACUAUGUCUUUCUCUUUUUUGUUUAUGUUGUUUCAGUGAUAGGAAACACAGUUGUAAUGGCUGUAAUAUACUUGGAUCAUAAUCUAAGAGCACCAAAAUACAUAGCAGUUUUUAAUCUGGCAUUUGUGGACCUGUUUGGAAACUCUGCUCUGGUGCCAAAGCUUUUGGACAUCUUUCUGUUUAACCAUCCCUCCAUACCCUACAACGACUGUUUGGUUUUCCUUUUUUUCUGCUACACCUGCCUUUCCAUGCAGUCAUUUAAUUUGGUUGCACUCUCCUACGACAGAUUAGUCGCCAUUAUCUUCCCACUGCACUAUCAAGUAAAGGUGACCCACAGGUUCAUGCUGUCUUUGAUUGCCUCUUUCUGGGCAUUCAUUAUCAUUGCUGUUUUCAUUGCCAUUGGCCUACUUACCAGGCUCUCAUUCUGUAAGUCUGUAAUAAUCAAUAGCUAUUUCUGUGACCAUGGCCAGAUAUAUCGACUGUCUUGCAAUGACCACUAUCCAAACUAUGUCCUUAGUUGUUUGUACCCUGUUCUUCUAUUCUGGCUUCCUUUUGUUUUCAUCUUGUUAAGUUACCUAUGUAUCGGCUGUACUUUGGCCAAAGUGGCCUCGGUUCAAGAAGGACUCAAGGCCUUUAAAACGUGCAUAGGUCAUCUGUCUUUGGUGGCUAUCUAUUUCAUUCCACUGUUGAUCACAUUUACCUUGAUGGAAAACAUACAUCCUAAUGCCAGGAUCAUAAAUCUGUCUCUAACGUCCAUUUUCCCUCCCAUGUUGAACCCAAUCAUUUAUGUUCUGCAAACACAAGAAAUCAAAGAAUCUGUGAAACGGCUACUAAAAAUUAGAAAGAAAUCUCAAAUAUCGAGGACAAAAAUAUUCACAAUGUGA